UCAUCACCCCAAAUCUAGUAUCCUAAUUCCUAAUCACAAAAAAGCCGUGGAGAAGGCCCAAGCUCGGGCUCUUCGUAAUCUAAUGUAGCCCAAGAAUACCUGCGCUGCUCCCAUUUCGCGCUCUAUUCUCUCUUUCCUGUCUCAACCACCUCUUCGGUCCUUCUAAGAGCUCCGUCAAUGGCGUCGACGAAGCGCGGAGCUCCCGAAGACGACGAACCUGAGGCGUUUAAGAAAGCGAAGUUCGACGACGCUUCAAGUUCUUCGGAACCGAAACCGAAGCAGCGCGUGGUGCUUAAUCCCGCCGAUUGCGACUUAGAUUUUACUAUUGAAGGCAAUGGACUCCAAGGAUAUGCACUUCAUGAGCAGGGAUUUGCAUAUUGUUGGUCUGGUGCUUGUGCCAAUGUUGGUAUAAGAGGGGGAAAGUAUUGUUUCAGCUGCAAAAUUAUCUCUAUCCAGCCUGUUGAGAUGGAGGACACUUCCCCCGAGCAGAAGAAUGUUUGCCGUCUUGGCGUCUCUAGGGGAGAUGAUUCAGUAGGAAACCUAGGGGAAACUGAGCAUAGCUUUGGCUUUGGAGGCACAGGAAAGUUUUCAAAUGACGGGAAGUUUUUGGAUUAUGGUGAGAAGUUUGGGGUUGGAGAUACAAUUGUUUGUACUGUUAAUCUUGAAGAAAAACCAUUUGCUUCAAUUGGUUUCUCCAAGAAUGGUAAAUGGUUGGGUAUAGCAAAGAAAUUUGAUGCUGGUCCAAAGGGUCUGGGAGUGGUGCAUUCCCCCGUGAGAAAGCUACAGUGGAAAUCAGCAUUUUAUCCUCAUGUUUUGCUAAAAAACGUUGUCGUUCAGUUGCAGUUCAGUGUUGAAGAUGGGCUUGUCCCUGAAGAAGGAUUUAAGCCUUGGGAAUCUGCUCUUGAGGAUGGAAAUGCCGUAAUGGGACCCAUUUUUUCUGACAUUGGGGAUUGUGAAGUGAUAAUGAUGGUGGGAUUACCAGCAUCAGGAAAGACUACCUGGGCGGAGAAAUGGGUGAAAGAGCAUCCUGAGAAGCGUUAUUUAACGCUUGGCACGAAUCUAGCUCUUGAUCGAAUGAAGGUGCCAGGACAUUUGCGUAAGCAAAAUUAUGGUGAAAGGUUUGAUCACCUCAUGGAUCGUGCUACUGGAGUUUUUAAUACCCCUUUAUCAAGAGCAGCAAAUACACAUCGCAAUUACAUAAUUGAUCAGACAAAUGUUUUCAAGAGUGCACGUAAACGUAAGCUGAAACCAUUUGCUCUCUUCAAGAAGAUAGCUGUGGUGGUAUUUCCACAACCUGGUGAGUUGAUGCUCCGUUCUAAGAAAAGAUUUCAAGAAAUGGGAAAGGAGGUACCUGCUGACGCAGUAAACAACAUGUUGGCCAAUUAUGUCUUGCCUAUCAACAAGGAUAUGCCUGGUUCAGAUGAGUACUUUGAUGAGGUUGUAUUUUCAGAACUUGACCAAGUAGAAUCUCAAAGAAGUUUGGAUGAAAUGAAGUGGUCAUUGGAACCUAAAUCCAAUUCGAACUCAAGGAAUGACUCCUCACCUUAUCCUCAGGGAAGCUCUGUUUGGUCAAGUUCCACUUCUAGCUAUUCACCUUGGGAGAGCCCCAUCCGGCCACAUCCUAUGCCUUCACUGCAAUAUCAAGGACCAUCAACAGUUACGAGUGAAAAUUGGAUGUGUUCUUAUUUACCUGCCCCUCCAUCGAAGUGUACCAAUUACCAAAUUCUCGACCAAGUCACUGGACAGCUUGGAAGUACAAGAUCGCUUCCAGAAGCAUACCGAGGAAAACAAAGUUUUCCCGCACAUAAAGCAACUACUCUGCAUGGAACUUGUACUAAUUCAAAUUAUGAAAGUUCUUUCCAUAGAGAUAAUAGUGGUUACUACCCCAAUUAUGGGGUUGAAACUUGCAGCCGAUCAGAUGUUGAUGGCAAUAGUAAUAAUUUCGGUGCCUCCAUUAAUAACUAUAGUAGUAAUAGUAUGAUUGAACCUCUUCCUCUUGAAAGCACCAGGGCUUCACUCCAUUAUAAUGUUUCUCCUGCUCAUUAUAGUGGUCCUCAAAAUCUCAGCUCUUAUCAGCAAGCAGCUCCAAGAGCACCUCCAUUUUGUCCAAGUCCUCUGGCGCCCUAUGGUUCACCUUAUGGUACUCAACCUCAAGCCCCUAGACCUCAAUAGGGACAUUUUCCUGCUAAUGAACCAUAUUACAGAGGCAAUGCCCCCCGCGGUUCAAGAUUUUAUUGACUGCUUGAGAGAUUUGUUAACUGUUCCUUGAUGUUUCAAGACUGCGGAUCAGGACAGGAGUUUUUUUAUUGACGAUAAAAAGGAAAAAUAGCGGUAAGUAUAACUCUGGCUUCCUUAACUGCCGUCUUUUUGUAAAUUGUGGCUUGUAAUAAAGCAUGCCUUUUCUUAAGGUGGAUUGUACAGGAUAGUUUUACACGACUAUUGUGUUCUUUCAAUGCAUACAGCAUAUGCCUUGCUUCUGCGUAGAAAAUAUCAAUAUGUAAUAUCAACAGUAUUAUCAUUUUCCAAUAUAAAAUAUA